AUGCCCCAUUUGAAGAUUUCCCCCUCCCUCGUUGCAGUUCCGGUGGAGGCAGCCGUGAUCGGGGGGUCCUUGGUCAUCCUCCUCACUUUUCUCCUCGCCCUCUACACCUACCUGAGCAGAAGGAGGCGGAGUCUCGAGAAGACAUGCUCCAGGUGUGGACAUAAGGAUUGCGCUCCCCGUUCGGGAUGGAAUCUGGCGGAUGAGGACGGGGAGGAAGAAGUGAGAGGGGGAGGGGGAAGGGGGGGCCUCUUGUCUCCGGGGGCGUCGCCAUCCUUCUUGGGGGAAUCCCCGCCCUUGCCAUCCACGCCUAGUCCCUCGCCCAGGCGGGUCAGCCCGGUCGAGCUGAGUUUCGGAAGCCACUCGGCGGUGCAGACAGGCACGUCGAGCCUAAGAGUGCCAGGCGAGCAACCGGAAAGCCGAGAAUCGAAGACGCCCAAACCCGGAACGACCCCGACGGACCUGGCAUCCCUGGCCGAGCGGGGACGCGUGGGCGUGGACUCUUCCUCUUCGGGUUCGGGGGAUGACGACUCCUCUCAGCAAAGCCUCAGGCAUCGGGUUCCAUUUCGGAGACAGAGCAGCCUGGAAGAGGAGGAGGAAGAAGUUUGUAAUGCGAGCCCCACUGCCAAUUCCAGUGCAAAACCUCGGAAUCCGAUUGGGUGUCAAUUGCAGGGAAAACGUAUUCUCCUUCCCAGGGAACACAGAUACCUCGCCGUCAUCGACGCCACUGAGCACGACCUCCUGGGCCUAUCAGAGCUGAUGCCGAUGUACGAGGAAGGCGGGGAAGUGCAGGGCCUGGGCGCGGGCUCGAAAUGCGGCAGCAUCGAGGCCGCCUUCUCCCUUGAUGCCCUGUCGCAUCGAAUCAACGUCGCUAUCGUUCAGGCUCGAAAUGUUCCUCCGAGGAAUAGAUCCUCCCAGACGCUCUCACAGGUUCGGCUCCUGCUUCUGCCAUCGAGGAAACAGCGUCACAGUACGAGGAUUUUGCCCGGGGAGAAUCCUGUUUUCCACGAGACCUUCAUCUUCACUGGAAUCUUUCCUGGUGACGUUAACAGCAUGGGGGUGCGGUUACGCCUGUACGGGUGCGAGCGACUGAGGCGGGAGCGGCUGAUCGGGGAGAUCGUCCUCGGGUUCGCUUCUCUCAACCUCGACAUCCACGCCCCCAUGUGGCUCACUCUCGAACCAAGGCAUACCGUCAGAUCCUUGGAUUCCCGUUCGGACAUCUCGAGCGUGACGCACAGCGAGUCGACGGGUUCCUCGCACUCCGAGUCCACGCCCUCCAUCUCCACGUGGAGGAGUCAGUGCAGCGGCUCCUCCAACUCGGGGAACGGGGCGACGGGGCCGGCGACGGGACUGGGGACGGGAGCGGCGCCCAGGAACGCGGGUCUCCCGGAACUUCUGCUGGGGCUCUCGUACAGCGGGGUCACCGGGCGGCUCGCCGUUGACGUCAUCAAGGGCAACCACUUCAGGCAUUUGGUGGCAACGAGGAGCCCAGAUUCAUACGUUCGAGUGUCGUUGAUAUCGAGCAAUGGUCAGGAGAUCUCGGGGAGCCGGACAUCGGCCAGGAGGGGACAGAACAACCCUGUCUUCAAGGAGUCCUUCCUCUACACCCUCCCCCUGUUCCAAAUCGGGGACGUGACGCUGAUGGUGAUGGCGUACAGCAAACGCGGGAUGAAGAAGAAAGAAAUGAUCGGCUGGUUCAGCUUGGGCCACAACAGCUCGGGCGAGGAGGAAUUCCGGCAUUGGGAGGAAAUGAGAGAAGCUGGAGGACAGCAAGUCUGUCUCUGGCACGUCCUCCUGGACUCUUUGCCCUCCUAGGGCGGAGGGUCCGUUGGGGUUUCUCGCUGUUCGAGGUCGGAGGGUCCGCUUGGUCUCUUCGCUCUCCGAGGACCUAGGGUCCACUUGGAAUGUUCGUCCAUGUAGGGCCUAGAUCCAGAGGUCUCUCUCGUUGCAAUUAUUAUCCCCUUCCCGGCUCCAUCAUGGGUCCCUGUGAUGAGGAUUUUUUUGUCCCGUCUCCCGCCUCUUCUUACAUAGUGGUGGAGACGUUGAUCUGUUUCCAGUGGCGCAGCCCUGUUGAAGACAUUGUUGACUUUUUCUCUCCCCCCCUGUCGAGCUGCUGCGUACGUUUGUGAUACCAUUGGGGGAAGUUUUUAUCUUGACCUGUUUUUUCCUCCUGUCAUCGACCCCUCGAGUCCCCCCCCCCCCCCCCCCCCCC